AUGAAGUUUAUCCUGGGCGGGGUCUAGCUCUCAAACCCAAACAGAAAACCACCAAACGCUGAAGCAGUUCGAGACCCUUCACACAUCACCAUGAUCUUCUUUCUCCUGUUAACACUGACCAUCGUGGCGUCGGCCAGCCGGGUACCUCGCAACUGCGGCACCUGCGACCCGAGUCUGUGCGAGCCGCUGCCGGCCGAGGGCUGCGCGUCCGAGACGCUCGUUGACGCGUGCGGCUGCUGCGCGUCCUGCGCGUCUGGAGUUGGAGAGCCGUGCGGGGGACGCGGAGCCGGAGCAAAGCGCUGCGCAUCUGGACUCGAGUGCGUCAAGAGCGACAAGAAGAGUAAAUCAGGCGUGUGCGUGUGUAAGAGCGACUAUCCCGUGUGCGGAUCCGACGGGGUGAACUAUAAAACCGGCUGUGAUUUAAAAGCAGCGAGCGUGAGAGCUGUGAGGGAGAAAAAACCCGAGAUUAAGAUCCAGAACAAGGGCAAAUGCGCUCAAGCACCUGUUAUUGUGACAGCUCCAGGUGAGGCCUGGAACGUGACUGGAUCUCAAGUCUUCCUGAGCUGCGAAGCCACUGGGAUCCCCACCCCGGUGCUCACCUGGAGAAAGGUAUCUGAUGGCAAAGAAAAAAUUGUGCCACUUCCUGGAGACAAAGAAAACAUGGCAGUUCAAACCCGAGGGGGCCCGGAAAAGCAUGAAGUCACUGGCUGGGUGCUGAUAUCUCCUCUUACCAAGGAUGAAGCCGGUUCCUACGAGUGUCAUGCCAGUAAUAUUAAAGGUGAAGCCUCGGCUGUAGGCACCAUUCAUGUGGUGGAUUCCAUCAAUGACAUUCCUGCUAAGAAGGUGGUGAAAGAUGAGGAACUGUAAGGGGUCUCGGUUUCAUGGCUUCUGGUGGGAGUUCGGCUGUAUCAGGAGAUCGGAAAACUGCAACUCGCUGUUGUUUACCUACACAAUAAGCAUGCAGACAAGCACAUACCAUUUUAAGCACUGAACACACAAACACACACACACACACACACACACACGCACACACACACACACACACAGGCUUUGGUUGACUAUCCCCGUGGGGACAGUCCAUAGGCGUAAUGUUUUUUAUACUGUACAAACUGUAUAUUCUAUCCCCUAUCCCUAACCCUAUCCCUAAACCUAAAGAUCAUAGAACACUUUUUGCAUUUUUAGAUUUGUAAAAAAUAUUGUUCUGUACAAUUUAUUAGCUUUUUUGCCCCUGGGGACCUCAAUUUUGGUCCCCACAGUGACACGAGUCCCCAUGUGUUUGUGUGUAUUCAGGUUUAGGUCCCCACCGGGAUAUACAAACAUGAACACACACACACACACACACUAAAUCACACAUGGGCACUUUAUUCUAUAGAAGUUGUUCAGGCACACAAAAACCAGACCCUGACAUUUCACCGUCUUCAUUCAUAUUUUUUACCGCUGCAGUCUGUCUGCCCACAGAACAACUUCUAUACUGUAAAGCGCCAAUCAAGAGCACCAUCAAAGUCACUUCAGAGAUGCACACACAGAUGCACGUGAGCACAUAUCGCCAUACAAACAUUCAGGCAACACAAAUUCGUUCAUGCUGCGUUUGAGGUACUCGGGUAUCUCAUCACCACUUAUCACAUGCACGUUUUGCUUCUCUUCUGCAGUCAUUUCCAAGAUAAGUGUUUUUGUGUUUGAUACAAAUAUUGUAGUCAUUCCUUUGUACUUUAUUGCAGUUGGCAUCUAUGGUGCUAAAUGGAAAACAUUUUGAGCGUUGACUGUUUUUGUGAACAAUGUUUAAGAAUUUCCCCCAGAGCUCAGUCAAAACAAAAUGCCUUAAUCUACUUAAUCUGAAUGUCAAGGAAUCGUCAUGUAAAACAUACAAACGAUAUACAGCGGAUUUAUUCAAGAUGAUGUUUCAGCUGUAAAAAUGUAAUGCAAUGACACAUUCACAUUACAAAUAGUUAACAGAAUAUGGAUUGUAUUUUGCCAGUGCACUUACAGCUCUUUAACCAUUAUGGUUGUAGUAAACGUCCUAUAAAAGUCUGAGCAUCUAAUGCAUUUGUUUAUACAUUUCUGAUUUGUGUAUCAUUAAUGAAUAAAACAUACUUUGAGAGUA